CCUCCCAUUACACAAUCAAUGGAAAAGGCUACACCCUCUUUUGCACGAUCUCCAUCUCUGGCAUUUGGGGCCACACUUCCCACAAACUCUCGGCCCACUACCGAGAUUGAUGAGUGGAUUGCAAGGUUGAAAGAGUGCAAACCCCUUUCCGAAAAUGAAGUUAGAAUAUUGUGCGACAAGGCAAAGGAGGUAGUGCAGCCAGAAUCAAAUGUACAACCUGUCACAUGUCCUGUCACUAUUUGUGGAGAUAUUCAUGGCCAAUUUCAUGACUUGAUCGAACUGUUUCUUAUCGGCGGGCCAUGUCCAGACACAAAUUAUCUGUUCAUGGGUGAUUAUGUCGACCGUGGUUACCACUCUGUUGAGACGGUGAGUCUUCUUGUUGCCCUCAAGAUCCGUUAUCCCCGGCGUAUUACGAUUCUCCGAGGAAACCACGAAUCGAGGCAAAUCACACAAGUUUACGGUUUUUACGAUGAGUGUUUGAGGAAGUACGGGAGCGCCAAUGUGUGGCAAUAUUUUACCGAUCUUUUCGACUAUUUUCCUGUCACCGCACUGGUGGAGAAGAAUAUAUUUUGCCUCCACGGAGGCCUGAGCCCCUCCAUUGAUACUCUCGACAACAUUAGUGCGCUUGACCGCAUGCAAGAGCCCCCUCACGAAGGUCCAAUGUGCGACUUGCUCUGGAGUGACCCAGAUGAGAGAACUGGAUGGGGCAUUUCGCCUCGAGGAGCAGGGUAUACUUUUGGAAUCGACAUUACGGAGGCAUUUAAUCAUAGAAAUGGCUUGAGUCUCGUUGCACGCGCCCAUCAGAUGGUGAUGGAUGGGUAUUUUUGGUCUCACCCGGAAAGUCUUGUCACUAUUUUCUCUGCACCUAAUUACUGUUAUCGAUGUGGCAAUCAAGCUGCAAUCAUGGAAGUGGACGAGCAUCUUUCAUAUAAGCUCAUCCAAUUCGAUCCAGCUCCGAGAAUACUUGAACCCAAAGUAGGGAGACAAAUACCAGAUUAUUUUUUGUAGGUAAACGAAACAUCAAUAAUGAAGAAGCACCGAGUUUGAA